AUGACGAGUCCGGCGAAAGAACCACGUUCUGAAGAUGUAGUUAUGGGUGAUGCGGAAGACGAUGAGUUGGACCAUGAAGGCGAAGGCGAAGGUGAAGGUGAAGGCGAAGGUGAAGUUGAAGGUGAAAAUGAAGGUGAAGGUGAAGGUGAAGGUGAAGGUGAAGGUGAAGGUGAUUUCUCCACGGCAGACCAGACUCCGCUUUCGAUGACCCCAGCUCCAAGCGCUGGAAAUGCGGCUAAUGCUUCCAAAGUCAGGAAGCCGGAACACCCACAGAACAAACAACAACUGACCAAGGUGCCCAUGCAUCUUUUGGAAAAACGUCGUCUGGGUCGUCUCAAGGCCGCAGAACAGUACGCGCAAAAGAUGAAAACUAUCGGAAUCGAAAGAAGAGAUAACCCUCUGCUUCACCAAAACGGUCUUUUCCGAGCCUUGUCGUUAAUCAACCAGAAAAACUACUCGUCCGAUUACCUGAAGCGCGAUGACCAGAUCUUCGCCAUGCGCGAACGCAAGUCUCUCAGAAAUGCAACAGCUUCUCAAAACAAUCCAGAUCUCGCGGCCGAUGAUGAUGAUCAAGAGAGCGUGGACGAAGAAAGCGAGACCAAUACCAUUGUCAUCCAUCCAGGUUCCAGGUUUCUCAAGAUUGGGUUUGCAAGCGACGUCCUUCCGCAGUCCAUUCCCAGUUGUAUCGCCGUGCCCAAAGCAUCCACCAUCAAUGGCAAGGAAAACGAAACUGAGGAAUCUGAUUCAUCUGACCAGCAGGCCUACGAGGAGGUCAAAGAAACUAUUCAACAAGAUUUCAAAGAAAGAAUGCGGUUUUACAAGCGGAAGGUGAUGCCCAAUUCUCACGAAGCGGUGGUGAACUUCAAUUCACGGGUUCAACCUGAGAAAAUACCAGAGCAUAACGACCUUCAUCGUGUGGAUUGGAUUCAAAACCCAACAAAAGUUUUUUAUGGCGAAGAGGCUACUCGUUGUCUACCUUCACAAUUUACGGUGAGAAAUCCGUUCUGGAAAGGUAGAUUUAACGUUGAAUCUCCCAGUUACUGCUCGAUCGAAGAACUUCUGUCCGAUGUAUGUGAGCUCUUGAAGUUUUCCUUGUCCCAUGCCAAAAUAAAUAUCAAACCUGCUCAAAUACCUAACUUCAAGAUUGUCGUAGUGGUACCAGACGCAUACGACAAGACCUACGUCGAGAAGAUGAUCAGACUUUUGCUUAUCGAUUUGAAAUUUCAAGCAGUGGCCAUUAUACAAGAAUCACUUGCGUCUUGCUAUGGCGCAGGACUAGGUGAUUCAACUUGUGUCGUUGACAUUGGAGCUACUACUACAAAGAUUGCUUGCGUAGAUGAAGGACUAGUUGUCGAUAACAGUGUCAUAUCGCUUGACUACGGCGGAGAUGAUGUAACUCGGUUGUUUGCCAAAUUUCUCCUUGAAUCCAAAUUUCCGUAUACUGACCUCGAUUUGAGCAGUCCUCAGGGCUGGAGCUUGAUUGAGAACCUCAAAGAGAAAUAUACAACGUUCCAAGAUGCCGACGUGACCAUCCAGCUUUACAAUUUUAUCAAAAGAAUACCAGGGAAACCUGGUGCUGAGAAAUUCGAAUUCAAAGUAUUUGACGAAGUAAUGACCGCUCCUAUGGGGCUUUUUUUCCCUCACAUUUUUCCUCUUAUCAAAACGCACAGGACAGAAGAGGUCAACGAAUAUGUUACGAAACAGAUGCCUCGGUCGAAGGACCUUUUCACUUCCAAAGACAACAAUCCUAAAUCAAUAAGUCAGUUCUCGUGUCAAAAAGAGACCACAUAUUGUGAUAUGACUCGAGACUUGGAUGUCUUACAAAAACUCCUCAAUUUGCCUUCCGAAAUUGAAGAGUAUCAAUCGGCUAGUACAGUCAAUUUGGAACCCACUUUCACGGCGUUGGAGAAAGCUAUUGUAGAAAGCAUCACAAACGCAUGUGCUAGUCUUGAUAAUAACCACACAAAGGCAACAAACUUUUAUUCCAAUAUACUGGUGGUGGGCGGUAGUUCGAAAUUUCCAAGCUUAGACUUCAUACUAACGGAUAGAAUCAACAUAUGGAGACCUCGUUUACUCAGCGUAAACACAUUACCCACAUUUCAUGAAAAAAUCGUCAAGCAAGUAAAAGAGUUCGAGCAGACUAAUAAGCUUGCUGAUAUCAAAGACCCAGAAGAGCUAGCUACACAAAAGAAGAAACUUGCUAAGACAAUCAAAUUGGAGCUCCAAUCCUACUGGGAAGGAGUUGAUGCACUGGGAGGUAACGAGAGUGUGUUUCCAAUAAAUGUCCUACCUGCUCCUCGCGAAAUGGAUCCUGCCUUACUGACAUGGAAAGGUGGUAGUGUCUUCGCGCGGCUCAAACUCAUCGAGGAGCUAUACGUCACAAACAGUGACUGGGACGUGCUUGGUAGUAGAAUACUACAAUAUAAAUGCAUUUUUGAUUAUUGA